ACUACGUUUCGAUUUCGAAUUCCGGUUCCGACGAGACGUCAACGCUAAAUUUAUCCGAUUUUUAUUAGUAUUUUGCUUACUAAUUUCCUUCAAAGAAUAAAACUGCAAUUCAUAACAUAAUCUUUAGUCACUUAAAACAUUCAUUAAUUCAUACACUCAAUCAUGCCACGCGGUAAGUUCACGAAUCACAAGGGCCGUAACCGCAAGUUCACGAGCCCAGAGGAGUUGGAAGAGCAGCGGAAACAAGAAGAACAGAAGCAAAAAUGGAGAAAAGAGCAUGGGAAAGAGAGCUCCAGUGAAGAAGAAUCUGAGGAAGAGAAGUCUGGCUCCGGCAGCGAUGAGGAUAGUGACUCGGAUGAUGAUAGACCAUCCAAAGCCAAGGGUGUGUCUGGCCUCAUUGAAGUAGAAAAUCCCAACCGUGUAGUGAAGAAAAACAAGAAAUUGAACAACUUGGACAAUCUAGGUGAAGGAGAGAAACCUCAAUUAUCAAGGCGUGAAAGAGAAGAAAUAGAAAAGCAGAGAGCAGCUGCCGCGUACCAGAAAUUGCACGCCGAGGGUAAAACCGAGCAAGCGCGAGCCGACCUCGCGAGGCUGGCCAUCAUCCGCCAACAGCGGGAGGAGGCCGCUAAACGCAGGGAGGCUGAGAAGAAAGCUAAGGAUGAAACACCUAAGAAAAGGUAGACUAAUGAGGUGACGAGGUGCCGUUUCGCUGUUUCGCAUGCUCAUAAUCUCAGGCUAGGUGGCUUUCCGAAACACACUCCUAUUGAAUAUUGUGAUCUUAUCUUAUACAAUUAUUUGCAUAUGGAAUUGUUUGUUCAUGUGUAAUGCAUAAUAUAUUUCUACAUCUCUGAUUUUGUGAAGCUUUCCUAGCUGUGACAUACUUCUAAUUGUGUGAAAUCUAAUUGUUUCUUCUUAUGACUGGACAGAUAGCUUUGUCUAUCAAAGUGACUGGUCAACAAAUUCUGGGUCAAAAAUUGAAUACUGAAAAUCAAGUGUUACACCAAAGUGGUGAAUGUUCAUGUAGUCUUGUUGUUUUUAUAUAACUAGGUAAAUUAAAUGUUAUAUUUUACGUCAUGAUGUGAGCAGCAUUAUUUUAAUGAAAUGAUUUAUAAAUGUCUACAUUGAAUAAAGGCAAUAUCGCUGUAUCAGAUGCAUAUA